GAGCCUUCUUGUUGAGUAUUGCACGAGCUCUCAAAAUUAACAAUGCCGAAACACAACCUGAUUACGAUUUCUCAGGCUCUCAGGUCCUAUACACCUUCAUUUGGAAGUGACAAAGAGCUAAAAGUCAUCACGAGCUCGCUUAGCACAAACACAGGAGAGAAAGCGAAGACAGCGCUCACAGGCAGCCCUCCGUUCGCCGAGCUUGUUUUCCAUAGUAUUGCAAUAUGCAUUAUUAUUCUCAUCACAUACCUUAACAUCACGAAUCGCUUCUGGCAAGAAGUUCAGGAGUCAGGUCCUGUUUCCGACAACGGAUUCCACUUCACCCAAAGUUCAGAACUACAUGGUUUACAAUUCGCUGCGAAACUUCACGAGCUUUUCAUGCAAGCCUCUUUAUCUGCAAUGGUUUUAUACUAUGCUCACAGACUUCUGGUCGGCACGAAAGGUGUGCCAUUUGGUCUGAUCGACUUUCCGUACAAUAGCAACUCACUUGGUAUGCUUCGCCAUUGGCGAUUCUGGCAGACUGGAUUCUUCAGCACACAGUACUUAUCUUUUGCAACACUGCUCCUUGUGGUUUGCAUACUCUCAGUCAUUGUUGGACCAUCAUCCGCUAUUCUCGUCAUACCUUCUCCUGGUUGGUGGCACAACAGGAAUCCUUUCAACGGGCAAAACAUGACGACUUACUUCUUGGCAAAUACUACGGAUAUAUGGCCAUCGACCUUCACUCUCUCGGCCUUUGAUCCCGCGUUUGUGAGUGCAUCCCUAUGCGAAGGAGUACCGACCGACCCAAUCAUCGGAUGCCCUCUGCAGGGCUUCCCGGAAAUUAUUUCCUGGUUCCUAGGUUAUGCUCUGGGCUCACAGAGCGACAACUUUACUGUUUCGGAGGUUAUCAGUAACGCAUAUCGAUCGGUCUCGAGCACGGUACAGAAUGCAUCAUACGCUUAUCAAAUGAACAACUUGUCAGCCACGACCAGCUAUACGACUUCAUUGACGGACCGGAUGGUACUCUCACUUGGUACCUUCUGGAAUUACGUACAACGCAGCAACGUAGGAUCAAUAGGCGAAGUAUCGAAACCACGUCUACGUGUCAAAUCAGACAUUGAUACAUAUCAGCCACUUGUACAUGUUGCCUGUCAAUCAUAUCUGUAUGAUGGCACGCAAACCAAUAUUACCUUCCUUCCGAGCAUCAAUGCGUGGAAUGCGGGAAGCUACAUAGACGAGCCAUGGUUGUUGGACGGCCAAUCUGAAAUUUUGGACAAUCUUCCUAGCAUUACUCCCCGAUUUUCCUUCUACAAGGACACUCGAGUCAACUCAUCAACUUCGCUCCUCACACUAGCAAUUAUUCCUGUGCUGAGUAGUAACUCGACAGAUCAUGCAGUUCAAGGAUCCGAUAUUCUGUCUUGUUCAAUCGACGCUCGUUGGGCAGCGAAUGAGAUUACUUAUCAGCCCAAGGACUUCGGCAGCAUUUUGACCAAUCUUACCGACCCAUCCAUCUUCGAGAACGUAAACGAAUCAAGUCCACAAUUUACCAUAAACGAAUACGGCAUUUCGAAUAGACCAAUUGACUUGGAACUUGACUGGGCUGGGCUUCUGAACUAUAACUGGACUGGAGACACUGCAAAUGACUACGAAUACAACGGAUACAUACCUGCGACAACGAUGACCGGCUUACUCUUCAUCCCAUUAGUCAACGCCAGCGUUGGUACCAACAUCAGCACGUUUCAGAUAUCCAAUGAUACAUCAAUGGAUUACUACAAAACAAUCGAAAGUACAAUUGCUACACUACUUGGCAUCGUCAUAACGGAUGCUAUUUCGCGAACUUCUUCUUGUGCACCAGUGCCAUAUCUCGACAUAAAUCAAACAUAUAACUCACUCCUCGAUCUGACAGAUCUUACAAGUGCACCUACCACCCAAUAUGCGACGGAGCUGAAUAAGCCUGGUGAUUUUAUCCUUAGUUAUGAUGUGGAGAGGUAUGGUUAUGGUUACGGUCUGAAUAGCAGCACAUCCAAAGCUGCACUAACGGCCUUGCUUUUCUACUCAGUCAUGGUCAUUCUUCAUGUUUGUUAUGUCGUCAUGUUGGGACUGCGGGGUAGAUAUCAACGGACCACUGCUUGGGGUGAUAUACACGGGCUCGUGGCACUUGCUAAAAAUUCAGCCCCUACAGAUAGUUUAUACGGCACAAGUGCUGGUGUCGAUGAGAAGAAGACUUGGGCUUUGAAAGUCAGAGUGAGAGAAGUCGGUUGUGAGCAGCUGGACCUUGUUUUCGACGACGACCCUAGACUUUAUGGUGGAAGUAUUCGUGUUGGGAAGAAAUACCGCUGAAAUGUUAGAUAGCGAAAUCUUGAUGAGUUCACUAAGCAAUAUCCAUUGACGUCUUGCCUGUCAUGCAGAAAUGUUCUCACAUUUCCCAUAGCCCACAUGGUUGACCUCGCCAGAUGAAAAGGGGUUCGCUUGAUAGCUCGAUGCUCGAAUUGAUUAUCUGGCAGGGAGAUCAACGCUGGGAAAGUCAUCGUGCUGAAUAUAAUUUCUGGGCAAUUGAGUUUUCGCAAGGCUGAUAUGCGCAAGAGUUGAAUGUACUGUACAAAGCGAGCAAAACAACAUGACUAUGGCAACGAUCGAGAAACAAAAGCAGGAUAUCGCGACGCUCACAAACCAAUAUUACUCGAAAGUCACCAGUCUUAAUGGCACAAAUU